GGCGUCCGGCGAUGGGGACCGAGCGGAGCCACCGCGCCGGGCCGUGACCGCCGCGCCGCCGCCUCGGGCGCUCUCGGAGCGCCGACGCUGAGGAACAUGGCCCUGGAGCAGCUCUGCGCGGUCCUCAAAGUGUUACUAGUAACAGUACUUGUAGUGGAAGGGAUUGCUGUGGCCCAAAAGACCCAAGAUGGACAAAAUAUUGGGAUCAAGCACAUUCCUGCAACCCAGUGUGGCAUUUGGGUUCGAACCAGCAAUGGAGGUCAUUUUGCUUCACCAAAUUAUCCUGACUCAUAUCCGCCAAACAAGGAGUGUAUCUAUAUUUUGGAAGCUGCUCCUCGUCAACGAAUAGAGCUGACCUUUGACGAACGCUAUUAUAUAGAGCCAUCAUUUGAAUGUCGGUUUGAUCACUUGGAAGUUCGAGAUGGACCGUUUGGCUUCUCUCCUCUUAUAGACCGUUACUGUGGCAUGAAAAGCCCUGCAUUAAUUAGGUCAACAGGAAGAUUCAUGUGGAUUAAAUUUAGUUCUGAUGAAGAACUUGAAGGACUAGGAUUUCGAGCAAAAUACUCAUUCAUCCCAGAUCCAGACUUUACUUACCUUGGAGGUAUUUUAAAUCCCAUCCCAGAUUGCCAGUUUGAGCUCUCAGGAGCUGAUGGAAUAAUACGUUCUAGCCAGGUAGAACAAGAAGAAAAAACAAAGCCUGGCCAAGCAGUUGAUUGCAUAUGGACAAUUAAAGCUACCCCAAAAGCCAAGAUUUAUUUGAGGUUCUUAGAUUACCAAAUGGAACACUCAAAUGAAUGCAAGAGAAAUUUUGUGGCGGUCUAUGAUGGAAGCAGUGCCAUUGAAAAUCUGAAGGCCAAGUUUUGCAGCACUGUGGCUAAUGAUGUAAUGCUGAAAACAGGAGUGGGGGUGAUACGGAUGUGGGCAGAUGAAGGAAGUCGGCUCAGCAGGUUUAGGAUGCUCUUCACUUCCUUUGUGGAACCUCCCUGUACAAGCAGCACUUUCUUUUGCCAUAGCAACAUGUGCAUCAACAAUUCUUUGGUCUGUAAUGGUGUUCAAAACUGUGCAUACCCUUGGGAUGAGAAUCACUGUAAAGAGAAGAAGAAAGCUGGACUAUUUGAACAGAUCACUAAAACUCAUGGGACAAUCAUUGGCAUUACAUCAGGGAUUGUCUUGGUUCUUCUCAUUAUUUCUAUUUUAGUACAAGUGAAACAGCCCCGGAAAAAGGUUAUGGCUUGCAAAACUGCAUUUAAUAAAACUGGGUUCCAAGAAGUAUUUGAUCCUCCUCAUUAUGAACUAUUUUCACUAAGAGAGAAAGAGAUUUCUGCAGACCUGGCAGAUUUGUCAGAAGAACUUGACAACUACCAGAAGAUGCGGCGCUCCUCCACGGCCUCCCGGUGCAUUCAUGACCACCACUGUGGAUCUCAAGCAUCCAGUGUCAAACAAAGCAGGACCAACCUCAGUUCCAUGGAACUUCCCUUCCGAAAUGAUUUUGCACAACCACAGCCAAUGAAAACAUUUAAUAGCACCUUCAAAAAAAGCAGCUACACUUUCAAACAAGCGCAUGAGUGCCCUGAACAGGCUCUAGAGGACAGAGUGAUGGAAGAGAUCCCCUGUGAGAUUUAUGUCAGAGGGCGAGAUGAUUCUGCCCAAGCAUCCAUAUCCAUCGACUUCUAAUUGUCAACUAAAGGCAUUAAUUAUUAAGUAUGUGUAUGCAGCCUAUACCAACACCCAUUCUGUCUCAGCAGCCAAUCUUGUUCUGUCAAAUUAGAAAGACCUUCAUAAUUAUCAUAAUGCUGAUGAUUUUAUUAUCUCAGGCAAUCUAUAUAUGUGAAACCAACCAAGGAACUUAAUGUAUUCAGUGGAAAAAGUCAUCAUCUGUUGCUUGGCAUCUUAUCUACAAAAUACCAAUGGUUCAAUAGCAGUUGAGGAGUGAGUGGUCAUGUUGAGCCAGGCUCAGCAGCCUGGAAGUGUUGAUAUCAGGAUACUGUUCUUAUUCACACAGCCCCAUCAGUUUGAUCCCACAGUAAAUUUAAAAGUAAGAUUUUUUUCAUAUUCCUUUUGUCUUUCUUUUCUCUAAUAUAUUUUAUUUGACUAUAGUUUUACCAUUUUGAUUUCCUUCAUUAAGGGGAUAAUGUAUCGCUUAAUUCAGCAUGGGCAUGUAUUUGCUCUUAUGUGUAGAAUAUGGCUAGUGCUAUGAUGAAUGGCAGUUUAAGACAUAGUCAUAUUUCAUUUCUCCCUGAAUCAUUCCUAUACUAUUGUCUUUAAUAACUGCAUCUUUAGUCCUGUUUUUCUGUGGGAAGUCAUAGAUGACAUGACUUAUCACCUUUAAAUCAUGCUUCGUCUUAGUUAUACUAGAAAAGUAAUAAUCCUGGGGUGUUUUAUUACCAGUUAGUCAGGAGUGGAAAUUUGAGAAAGAUUAAAAAUGUGUAGCAACCUCUGCAGUUGUUGGGUCUCAUUCAGUGACAGACGUUCAUCCCAGUAAUCAGGAUCCUAGAACUCUUUUGUGGGCAGGCCUUUAAUUAUGGCUCCAUGCAGAGCUUCUUGUCAGAUCUAUGUUCCCUAUCAUCUUUCAAAAAGAUUUAUUUGUUCUCUUGGUAUUGGUUUGUCUUUGACACAUGGUAACCAUGGUUAGUGGAAACUUAAAGAAAUUCUCUAAGAAACUGUGUGAGCCUUUACAUAGCUUCUGCUUGGAACAGUGCAUUUUUCUAGCCAUUAUCAUCAAGAAUAGCAGCUUCAACUUUUUUUAAAAGCACUUUUGACCUUAUGUUUUGUAAAUUAUAUAAAACAAUAAUUUAUAAACAUGAUAUCAAAACUCAUUGUGUUUUUUUAGACUUUUGAUAUUAUUUGAUACUGUACAAACUUUAUUAAACCAAGAUUUAAGACAUACAAGACAGAUUUCUUUGAGUGUUCACAUUAGAGGCUUUGUGUAGAAAUAUGCUGUGAUGGGACUGUACUAUAGACUUUAUAAAGACCUUGGUCAUGGUGAUGUGUACAUAAGCUUUUUCUUUCUUUUGCUGCUGUAUUUAGUUGCUGAUAAGUUUUUCACUGUGUGGUAUUUAUUGUUCCAAAUCACAACAGAAAUCUUAUAUUAAAGUAUACAUUGUUACAUAA